UUUUUUCUGCUUUCGAAGGUUCAUCAAAAACAAGAGUGGAGAUUAGUAUUUAGGAAAAAGAUAUAUAUAGACAUGGAAGUUGAUGAAGAAAACCAGCAGCAGUGCCCUCUAUUGGAUUCAAACGUUUGGAGAACCAGAUCAACUGUCUCUUCAUGUAACAGCUUCAUGCUACAAAAUAAAGUAGCGUGUGAUAUAACCUUUGCAUUAGGUUCUGAAGGUCAAGAGGUUGUGGCUCAUAAAUAUGUAUUAAUCAGCAGGUCACCAGUAUUUUAUGCAAUGUUUUGUGGACCAGUAGCAGAGAGCUCUGAUGUUAUUAGUGUACCAGAUAUUGAACCUGAUGUUUUUCAAUUUUUAUUAAGUUAUCUGUAUUGUGAUGAUGAUUCUGUUGUUGAUAGUGAAUCUGUAAUGGCACUGUUAUAUGCGGCCAAGAAAUAUUCUAUUUAUAGCCUUGAAGACAUAUGUAAACAAUUCCUCAAAGACAAUAUCAAUUUUGACAAUGCAUGCCUAAUUUUAGAACAAUCCCAUGCAUUUGAUGAGAAAGAUUUAUACGAAGAGUGUCUAAAGUUUAUUUGGAAGAACGGUGAAGAAAUACUAGAAAUGAGCUGCAUUAAAGAUCUUUGCGAGAAAUGUAUGCAAGAUAUUGUUGCUUCAGAUGCACUGAAUGCAGAUGAAAAAAUUGUAUAUGAAUGUGUUGUAUUGUGGUCAGAAAACCAAUGUAUAAAGAAAAAGAUAGAAGUGAAUGAUCAAAACCAACGAGAAAUACUAAAUAAUAUUUUGUACCAUGUAAGAUUUCCAUUGAUGCCCUUAUCAUAUUUCGCUGAUCAUGUUUCAGAGAAACAAAUAUUAUCACCUGAAGAAAAACUCAAUUUAUACAAAUACCUGUGUCAGAGCAGAUCAGGAGCAGUUACUCCGUUUAUUUCACGAUAUAGAAGUAAGAAAACAUGUUUACAUUGUAAGAGGUUUAAAGGUAUGGUUGAUAGUAGUGAUUGGGUUCAAAAGGGCAAAAAGGAUGCUGUAUCUUUCAGUUGUAGUGUUCCAAUAUUGAUGCAUGGCGUCUGCAUGUACCGAUCAGGACUUACUGGUGCCCCAUAUGAUAUCAGAUUAGAACUUUAUGAUGAAAGCGAUAAUCAGCUAACAUGCGUACAUCGUACAGAAGACACCAUUGAAAGUUCGGCAGAAGGGAGAUUUCUGUUUCCUGUUUUAUUUGAUCAACCUUUGAAAAUCCUUUCUUGCUCGUAUUAUACAAUUGUUGUGAAAAUGAUUGGUCCAAAGAGUUUCUAUGGUGAGCGUGGAAGAAAGAAAGUAGUAUGCGGUAAUGUUACAUUUGAAUUUAUCUCUGCACCAAAUAGAAGUACUAACUCUACCAAUGUGUUCACUGGCCAAAUUCCUGUCAUUUUGUUUUCUCCAUGGCUGUAAAUGUUUACGGUAGACAUUAGAAUUUUAUCAAAGUUGCAGAACUUCACUUACCAUUAAUUUUUCAUUCAUUUCAAAUAUUUGAAGUAACCAGAUUGUGAGACUUUUAUGACCGCUGCACAAAAAUUGCUUCAAUUUUUUUGCCCCUGCCACUGAGCAAAUUGGGCAUUAAGUUUUACUCUUGACCGUCCGUCAUUCUGUCUGUCCCAAAAGUUAUAAGCAUAUUAUAAGCAAGCUUCAGCAGGGGGCAUUUGUGUCCUCAGACACAUUCUUCUUUUAUUUUCUUUUGACGAAAACAAAAAUAAGAUUAAAAUAUUAGAUUUCUAGUAUUCACAUUAAGGGUUUCUGAGUUAAAUCUUUUGUUCUUGUCUUCUUCUUUUUCUUUUUUCAGUAUAUACCAUCAGCAGCCAUUAUAGGAAGGAUAGUAUUGAUAAUGAUAAUGUUUCAAAACCUGUUUCAGACAAGAGCCUCAAGGGAAUAUUUAUACUUGAAAUUAUUAUCAUCCAGUUUAUUUUUUUAUUUAUUAUAAAGUGAGUAAAAUUUCAUAGCAUCUUUUUUUUCUAUAAAAAAGGGUCCAAAUCAGUAAUGUGAAAUUUUUAUUUUACUAUAUUUGAUGUUUUUUUAAUACUAUUUUUUGUUCUAAUUUGCAUCUCUUGCUAGAAAUUUUCUAUUCAGUUUGGCCUAGCUUUCAUGUUUAUGAGGUGAAAGAUGUUGAAGGUUUGAAAAAGAGACCAAAAUUCAAAAAAAAUUAAAGUCAGUGUUUAUCUCCGGAAUUCCUUCCAAAAAAUCAUUCUUUGAUCAGGGAUGGGGUUAAAUACUUUAAAAAGUUAUCGAUGAUAUUACGAUUACUUUGCUAAUAUAAUGUAAUCGAUUAUUAUACAUGAUAGUUACACAUAAAAUUGACUUUGAUUUUAACAAUUUUUUUUCUGUAACUUAUGGUGUUUCCCAGACUUAUAAGGCUGUUUAAGAAUUAUAAUUGUGUGUUACAAUCUAAUGCGUCAAGCACAUUUCUGUGUCCAGCUUUGCUUUGCUUUUCGUUUACAUUUAUUCAGACUUCCUUGUUGUGUGUGAAGCUGUGUCCGUGUCUGUAAUUGCUCUUUAUUUAUAAGCUGAUGAUGGAAGAAGGAUGAAUGGUAAAUAUUUUAUUUUUUAUGACUUUUGAUUGAACAUGUAUCCUUUUUGAAAUAGUCAAGUUGAGCUUUGAUAGUCAGAACACCACGAAUUUUAGAUUUAUGUUAAGACCCUGUAAUGUAGAUUAUGUAUGACUGAAUCCUUGAUAACUAAAUCACAAUUGGUUUUUCCUUAGUAAGGUGAAGUAUUUCAGAUUUUCAUGAAAAUUUGUGUGCAUUUAGAAUAUGUUAAGCUGCAUCUGAAUAUCAAAAAAAUUAUAUAUAUAAUUUAUAAUAAUCAUGUUUUAUAACUACAGAACAUAUUAAUAUGAUCUGGUGAGUGUAAGAGAAAUUUUACUGUAUACCGGUAUAUCGUGUAUGGCACAUAAUGAUUGAAUCUCAUGUUCAAAAAGUGUCCAAUAUACAUAGUUUAUAAUUUAUUUAAAAAAAAAGAUAUAUGUACAUGUAUUUGCACAGGUUAUUGGUAUGGUAAACAUAUAUAUUGUUGUUCAAUAAAGAUAUAUUUUACACAA